AUGAAUCAGAGUGAAUGGGCUCCUGUAGUCUCAGUUUCGCGGGUUUAUGCUCAUGUAAAUGAGGAACUCCCGCGUGAGUAUUGGGACUAUGAAAACAUGGAAGACACUUUUGGGUAUCAGGACAAUUACGAGCUUUUACGGAAAGUAGGACGAGGAAAAUACAGCGAGGUUUUCGAAGGAAUAAAUGUUUUGAACAACUCUAAAUGUAUUAUAAAGGUGUUAAAACCUGUUAAAUAUAAGAAGAUUAAGCGUGAAAUCAAAAUCUUACAAAACUUAACUGGAGGCCCGAAUAUCAUAGCUUUGCUUGAUGUCGUUCGUGAUCCAGAGAGCAAAACUCCUUCCUUAAUAUUUGAAUAUGUAGACAACAUAGAUUUCCGGACACUCUACCCUACAUUAUCUGACUAUGAUAUUCGAUACUAUUCGCAUGAAUUGUUGAAGGCAUUGGACUUUUGCCAUUCUCGAGGUAUUAUGCAUCGUGAUGUAAAGCCUCAUAAUGUUAUGAUUGAUCACAAAAGAAGAAAGCUUCGUUUAAUUGAUUGGGGUUUGGCCGAAUUUUACCAUGCGGGUAUGGAGUAUAAUGUUCGUGUCGCUAGUCGAUAUUUCAAAGGACCAGAACUUUUGGUUGAUUUCCGUGAAUAUGAUUACUCCUUGGACAUUUGGUCUUUUGGGGUUAUGUUUGCGGCAUUGAUUUUUAAGAAAGAUACCUUCUUCCGUGGCCGUGAUAAUUAUGACCAAUUGGUGAAGAUUGCAAAAGUGUUAGGAACUGAUGAUCUUUUUGCCUAUAUUGGAAAAUACCAAAUUGUUUUAGAUAGACAAUACGACAACGUCCUUGGGCACUACCCCAAACGUGAUUGGUACUCUUUUGUGAAUCGGGAAAACCGACAGCUGGCAAAUGAUGAUGCCAUUGAUUUCCUUUCGCGACUUCUUCGUUAUGAUCAUCAGGAACGGUUAACCUGUAAAGAGGCCAUGGCGCACCCUUACUUUAAUGUUUUGAAGCAGUCCUAA